UGCUGGUCGUCAACGCGGAAGUGUCAUAACACUACAGUCAGUACAGUUAUGUACACAUCUGUAUAAGGACUGAUGUGUGUUUUGUUUUAAGAAUUAUACGUUUAGCAUAAUAACAUUUGACAACAUGGUCAAUCUCGGUCUAACGAAAGUAGACGACGAGCUUGUAGCGAAACACCCGGGGUUAGAAACCUACGCUGCCUGUCAAUCUCGUGCCUUCAUGAAGGGUAUUGGGAGCUUUGUAUUGGGUGUCGGAAGUUUAUUUGCCAUUCAGAAGGCUCUACAGAAAAAGCUUCCUUAUCCUCUUCAGUGGAAUCUACUAAUUUCAAUAGUGGCAUCAUCACUUGGAAGUUAUGCAGUGACUCGCUGGGAAACACAGAAGUGCACCGAUCUGUGGUUGUUGCUAGAGACAGGCAAAACCCCAGACAGAUCACCCCCACCAGUAGCCCAACCAGAGGAAUCAAAAGGAUCCCAGAAGACAAAAUAUGGAGACAUAAUGGAGUGAAAACAGGUCUUCAUCUACAAUAAUGACUAUUUUCCAGAAAAUAUACCCAGAGAAAGUUUAGCCUGAGAAAGUGCAUUCUGUGUUUAACUGGAGAUUUUCUCAUCUUUCUGUAUGACAUGGGUGACAUUUUAUUUGUCCAUGUAAGAGUUUAUGGAGCUUUUUCAACUGCUUAAGAGCAUUAAGAUAAAAAAAAAGAGAUGGGUUCCCUAAAUCGCAGGUCAGGAAUUAGUUUGGUUCAUAAGCAGGAAUUACAUACUAAGCUUGUGAUCUGGUAUUAUUUUGCGGAUGUGUUGGUUUCUCAUCCAACAGCAUACUCUGUGCUCUGAGAACCAGUUACUGUUUGUUACUGUUGAUUUAUUGGCACAUGCAGAGUUAGGGACCUUAUCGGGUCACUGACUAGUCAAACCACUUAAUGAGUAGUUUCUGUUAUGAAGAAUAUAAUUUUCAAAAUAUACAAAAACUGAAGAACUACACAGAGCAAAUUCUUGGGAAGGAAUAUUUUUAAACAAAUUUACUAUUGCUACAUUCAACUAUUGAAGGCUUACUCAUCUGCCAUCUUUUCAUGGAGAUGUAAUAAACCUUGUGUCUGAGAGGCGUUACAGCUUUCAAAUGUCUGUGUACCCUGAGAAGAAAAAAAUGCAAGCAGCUAUAGGAGAAAGAAGAGAAAAGCAGUAGAUUUUUUUAUAAUGUGUUCUCUGCCUGCAUCCGUCUAAUAAUCUUAUCAAACAUGAUAAACUGUCAGUUUGCCUCAUCAAAACGUGGAUACGAUGGGAACUAAACUCUGGUGUAUUUUGUAUUUAUUCUUGAAAGUACACAGUGAUCCUUAAGAGUAUAAUAAAAUAAAGACUGAA